UAGGGCGCCGCACGCCGGAAGUGGCGGCUGGAGCGGGAGGGCCGAGGUGUCGGCCGGCGGGGCAGCGGCCCGGAGUGGGGGCGGGGGUGUUAGUCAUGUUUCCCUUCGGGUCCGGCAGCCCCGGAGGGGAAGGGGCGGAGGAGCAGGCGCCUCCCUGGGGGCAGGCGGCCGCCGCCGGGCGCUCCCUUCCCCCCCCCGCGCCACCCCAACCCGGGGUUGACGCGGCCUGUCCCCCGUCGCCCUCCCGGAGCCCUGGCCGCCCCGGCGCCCGCUCGCCGGCCCCGGGCGCGCGCGCGAGGGAGCUGCGGCCGCCCGGAGCGCUGCAGUCUCCGGCCGUCGCCCGGGGAAAAGCGGCGUCGCCCUCCCCGCCGCGCCGGCGGCCCGCGCCCGACUGCAGGGCCGGGAGCCGGGGCCGCCAGGGCCUCAGCGGCGGCCUGGGCGGCCCGGGCGCGCGGCUCUUCGGCUGGCUGAGGGAGCGCAGCCUGGGCCGCGGGCUGUUCGUGGACCCGGCGCGGGACAACUUCCGCACCAUGACGCACCUCUACGGCUCCAUCCAGCCCGCCGACUCGGUGUACCUCAGCACGCGCACCCACGGCGCCGUCUUCAACCUCGAGUACUCGCCCGACGGGUCAGUGCUGACAGUUGCUUGUGAACAGACUGAAGUUCUGCUUUUUGACCCUAUAUCUUCAAAGCACAUAAAAACUCUUUCUGAAGCUCAUGAAGACUGUGUAAAUAAUAUCAGAUUUCUUGAUAACCGGCUGUUUGCUACCUGCUCUGAUGACACUACAAUAGCACUAUGGGAUCUGAGAAAAUUGAACACCAAAGUAUGCACUUUACAUGGUCACACUAGCUGGGUGAAGAACAUCGAAUAUGAUACUAAUACAAGACUCUUAGUAACGUCAGGAUUUGAUGGAAAUGUCAUUAUUUGGGACACCAACAGGUGUACAGAAGAUGGGUGUCCGCAUAAGAAGUUCUUUCACACACGUUUUCUCAUGCGGAUGAGAUUAACACCAGAUUGUUCCAAAAUGUUGAUCUCAACGUCCUCUGGAUAUCUCUUGAUUCUGCAUGAUCUUGACUUAACCAAGUCUUUAGAAGUAGGCAGCUAUCCCAUUCUGAGAGCAAGAAGAACCACAUCAAGUUCAGAUCUGAGCACUUCAUCAAGUUCAUCUGGACCUAGAGUUUCUGGUUCACCUUGUCAUCAUGGUGAUUCUAAUUCAUCUUCUGAGAAACAUAUGUCACGAGCCUCCCAAAGAGAAGGAGUUGCACCACGAAAUAGUCUUGAAGUCUUAACCCCCGAAGUUCCUGGUGAGAGAGACCGUGGAAACUGCAUCACAUCCUUACAGCUGCACCCCAAAGGCUGGGCCACUCUUCUUCGGUGCUCAAGCAACACUGACGAUCAGGAGUGGACUUGUGUCUAUGAAUUCCAAGAAGGAGCUCCUGUGCGACCUGUCUCCCCUCGCUGUUCUCUACGACUGACUCAUUACAUUGAAGAAGCCAAUGUAGGCAGGGGCUAUAUCAAAGAACUUUGCUUCAGCCCUGAUGGGCGAAUGAUUUCUUCCCCACAUGGCUACGGGAUUCGCUUGUUGGGAUUUGACAAACAGUGCAGUGAACUUAUUGACUGUCUGCCCAAAGAAGCCAGUCCCCUGCGGGUGGUCCGCUCUUUGUACUCGCACAACGAUGUGGUACUGACCACCAAGUUCUCUCCAACACAUUGCCAGAUUGCCUCAGGGUGCCUUAGUGGGCGGGUUUCUUUGUAUCAGCCAAAGUUUUAGGCACAAUUUACAUCAAAUAAGGAGCUCUUCUGGUGUUUAACUUACAAAUUACUUCAAUUUACGUGAAGUAUUUUCUUUUUAGAAGAUCUUAAAAGUUUGGAUGAAGAUCCUGGUUCUUAUGGGUCCAUGAAGACAUCUGUGACCUGAGUCCUUGAUCCUCCAGCGUCAUAGGGGCAGCGCCAAGUUAGACUCUAUGCAGCAGCAUCUUUUGCAGCAUUCCUCUCCUCCUGCUGAUCUGCGCCACUCAACUCCAGUUCUUCUGGGUAUUUUGCAUGGUCGCUCUUGUCAAGUUUCUUUUUUUAAAAAAUUUUUCUGAUGUUGGUGUGAAUUUUGUGGACAUUUGGCAGUUUGAUUGGGGUAGGAGAAACCCGUGACACUAGUAUUGAAUAAAACCCAGAAAUCUGAUGUUGGCAUACUGGAUGUUGAAAAAGAAAUUUCAUCUUCACUUAUCGGUAUACUUGGCCUUUUAAAGUUGCUGUUAUGUUUCUCUAUAAUGAGCACAGAUAAUGGCAUUAUUAUCAUAACUGUUAGAUAGUCUUGCAACAAAAUGUCUUUUAAGUUUCCUGUUAAAAUUAUACAUAUUUUUUCACCAUGAGAGGGAUCUUGUUGUGAAAUUCUAGAAAAAGUAUUCACUUCUCUUUGUAAUUUACUUGUAUGAAUUUAAAAAUCUCUAGCAUGUGUCCUUACUUGGUGUUUUGUUCCUGUCAACGGCAUUAGAAAGGAAAAGAGAAGGAAUGGGCUUUGGUCAUUUCCGUUGUAUAGAAGAGGAUUUAUUUAGUAGAUGUGUACACUAUCUGGCUACAGAGUGAUGAGAACAGUGUGGCUCAGAUUUUCUGUUUUCUCUGCCAGAUUAUUUGAAUCAGACAUGAUGACGAGUUAGAGUAUUAGGGUGGAGGGGAAUCAAGAAUAAAGAGGUCGUUUUACUCAUCUUUCUUCCUUAGCCAAGUGGCACAAGCUCACUCUCUCACCGCUAGUGAGAGGAGAGCUGCAGGCCUCUUCAAGCUGUUGUCAUAACGAUGAUGUCAGUGACUUGCAUGUCAAGGCUACGAGCUGAUAUGGAGACCUUUCUCCGUGUUUUGUUAUGGAACACAGCAAGUAAAAAACAUCGGGCAAAGGUCCAGCACGGGCUGGCUGCUCUGCUGAAGCAGCUUUUUUCUGGUCUCCUCUGCACUGCAUGGUGUAUUGUGUUUAGAAAGGAUUUGCCAGAGGCUAGAUUAAUUUAAAGCACUAGCUAGUUUUUCCCUCUUAGAUCACAUUCUCUUAGGCCAGUUUCUCAAACAUUAGGGUGAAAAAUACAGAAACCUGGCCCUCACCUUAGGAGGUUCUCACUGAGCCAAGGAAAGGACAAGAAGCUAUAAUUUUAACAGGAACCCCAAGAAAUCUUUAUUCAGGUGGUCCCUGGAUCACAGUUUGAGAAACACUACCUUAAAUAUCAGUAAAUACUUCUGUACUCAUCAGGUGCUUAACAUAACUCCCAGAAGGUGUUUUGAUUAUUAAGAAAAUAAUAAUAAGUAAAUGAAAGCAAUUUAAGAGGUAGAAAAUAACUUAAAAUUGAAUCAAUCUCAUUAUUUGAUGAAUGAGAGAAAUUAAGUGACUUGCCUAAGGUCAUCCUGCAAAAAUUAGUGGCAAAAUUAGGAUUUGAAUUCAAGUCUCCUAAUUCCUUGCUCAGGGCAAUUUCUACUGUAGUAUGCUGGCUGUUAAAACAAUGACUUUGUCCUUAAAUUGUUUUAUUGUGAAUACCCUUAAACUAGCCAAUAGAUUGAAAAAGGAAGGCCUGGGAGUAGAUGCUGAGAAUUGCAGCCAUAAGAAGAAGAGUAUUUUACAUCUUAUAGAAAUGUUUAAGCAACCCAAAUAUGUGAAUAAAAAUGACAUUUCUUUGUAGGACCUACCACCCAGCCGUUCACACACAUGUAUAGAGGUUACAUCUCACUUGGAACAGUGUUGGCUCUAGGAGAAAUUUUUUAAAUUAUGUCAUUUUACCAUCGAUAUUAAAAAAAUUGGAAAUUUUUCCAUCAUCAAAAAUAUUACCACAAAGCAUGGUGAAAACACAGGUUUGCCAUAAACUUUUUUAAAAAGCACUUAUUUAAAAGAAAAUAAAAUUUUGGAGGCAAAAACACCCAAUGUUGACAUUAAAAAUAAGCUACUAAGUACAAUGAUUAUAUUGAUAAUCAAAAGAAGCUUCCAUGAAUUGCAUCCCCUUUGGAGAGAGAGUUCCAUGUCAGCUGUGGGCCCACGUGUUGCCCAGCGCUGAAUUUCAGUCCAUAGUUCUUUAACCACUAUCAUGUGCCUGUCAUGUGCCAGAUAAAGUACACACCUUGCUACUAACCCUCAUAAAAACCUUGCAAGGUAGGGGGCAUGAGUACCAGUUUACUUUGGAGGAAAUGGGGGGUUAGAAAGUUUAAGUGAUUUGCCUUAGGACACAGAGCUGGCAUGGGUGGCAGCAUGGGGAUUCAAACCCACGUCUGUUGGAGUCCAAAGUCUGUGCUCACUACUCUACCACUUUGUUCUUUAGUUUGUAAAGGAUGGUAAACUGGCAUGUUAAUUUACUUGUUUAGAAUCCUCUGGAAGUUCUUUAUUACAGAAUUGGCUUAUCUUCUGCAUCAUGUAAAAGAACAUUUACAAGAUGGACAAUUUCCGUUAGAAUUAAUACCAUAAACUGCAGGGCAUACAUACAGUCCAUUCCUAACAAAAAAACCCCAAGCAGGAUAAGCAGCUAUAAAAUAAAGAAAAAUGGAGAAUAAACAGCCUUGUAUAAAAAUAGAGCCACGCAGAUAAGAAUUAAAAAUUAACAGCCAGCAAACUCAACAAAACAACCUUUGUCUUCUUUGAGGUAUGGUCAUGAUAAAAAGUCAUCAGGGACAUUAAUCAAAGAAUCAAAGGGCAUCAGGAAUGCUAUACUAUUGGAGGAAAUUACAUCUUACCAUUUCAUAGUCCCAUUUCACUUAGAAUAUAAAAUCUAAACUGGUGUUUUUUACCCUAAAUUUUAUUUAGUCAUUUUUUUCCUGAUAAUUGGUAAAUAUAUCAUAAUUGGUAAUGUGGUAUAAUUGUUGGUAAAUGCAUAAAUUAUACCUCUGUUUUAAAAAGCUUUCUGCAGAACAGUAUAUUUAUGGCAAUGCUGUUGAAUGAGUUCAGGAAUAUGAAAUACACAGCAGUUCCUUAUUUUCAACUGUGAAAAUGAAGUGGCUAAAGCAGAAGAGACCUCUAUUUUAAUCUUUUGAAAACAUGUGUGGUCUGUCUUCUCGAAGCCCAAAGAACAUGUAUAUUUUGUUAUUUCUCCUUGUUACAUCCCUGAGGUUAUACCAAAAAUUUUAGGAAAACAAGCAAGAAAAAGGUAAAUUACAUGUUCCCCGCUCCUCUGUCUAGAACCAAGAUCACAUUAUAUCAUUGUUAAAGUUUUGUUUUCCAGAAAGUGCAAUAUAGGAAAAACACUCUGAGAGUCUUUUAGCAGCCUAGUGUUUCUGCUGUUAGUCAGCAUGUAUGGCACUGGCAUCCGUAGGUCUCUGUUCAGUUUGUGUUUAGCGGGAGAAAUAGUCUGAUAGGCUGAUAACCGACUGAUGACAAUCAUCCCCAGUUACUGACCAGCAGUCACUGAGAACCAUGAAAAUUCACUCAGUGACACCCUGUGUUGCUCAUGAAGGAAAGCAGAGAAAUGAAUUUUGGGGUAGCUAGUGCAUAUCUCUUAAGUGCCAAAAUUUGAAACUUGUGAUUAUUUUUGAUGCGCGUCUUUCAGAUGUGUUAGUAUACCUCCCUGCCUUCUUAAACAGCAUGCUCAGUAUAAUUCACUUUUUCAUGAUGAAAAGGAUUCAUGUGUUAUUACAGAAAGUAUUCAUGUAUUGUUACAAAUGCCCAUUGAGCUCUGAUGUCUGUAAAAUACUUCAUAAAAUGUAAAGGGCUAUAACAAAUAUGAGUUAAUCUCACUUAUUAUAAAGUGAUUCCCUCAGCCCUGAGGUAGGUAGAAUCAUUUGCCUCAGAUUACUGGCAUUUCGUUUAAUUUAAAAAUUUUUAUAUCUGCUAAGUAGUUUGUUCUGUCUCCUACCACCCUGUCAAUAUGCCUGCCUCUAACAGGCUCCGCUCCCUUCUGCUGUGCUGUGUUCCUCUGUUAGGAGCUGGGGCACGAGACAGCCGAGCUGCUCAGUGUGCACAGAGCUGGACGAGCUCCCGCGCACAGGCUUUGAGCCAGCUCUCCUGGUUGCCUACCACCUUUCUGACAGGUUCACAAUAACCGUCUGGAUAAUAGGAGUUCCCAGUUAAAGCCUAGGCUAGUGAUUUUCUCCGUUGCCACUAAGUAAAAUACGACAAACUAAUGAUGCUGCUGGGUUAAGUAAUAAACAGCAAUCUACCAAAGUGUGCAAAGCAACAGCACAGGCUCUGUAUUUGCACGGGCUCUUUCAUGCUUUCAAGAAAAAAGAAGAGUGCAGGGGAAAAAAAACCAGUGACAAUAAACUCCAGAUGGACUUAGUAUUUUUGAUACCAUUAAACUUUGUCAAUAACCAUUAAAUAUAUCCUUAAAUUAUCACACGUUGUUGCAAAUGAAAAUUCUCAAAAGCAAAGUCUCAAAUUGACCUGUAUGCUGCUCGCUUUAGCUGUAAAUGAACCAGUGAUAGAAAUGUGUUUUAUCAAAAGCUCCAAGGAACCCUCUUACAUACACACACCUCCUGUAUGUAUGUGUAUAUAAAUGUCACUAUAAAUGAAAAUGUCACCCAGAGAUAAUAAAAUAAUUUUUAAAAUUUAAAUCUGGUCCAAAGUAUUUAAAAUAGAAUUUUCAGCUUUCCUUCUUCCUCAUUUAGCUUUCAUGUUUUUUACAUUAAAGGUUGAAUCUAUGAAUUUUCUUUUAAAUUUCACUGCAUCGACCAUUUCCAAAUUGUGCUCUCUGGUAAUUUUAGAUUCACAUUUUCAGGAAAUAUGGAGUGUUCCAGAUAAUAUACUAGACACUAGAACGUUUUCUCACUAGGUUCCAGGUGCUAAGUUCUCAGGGUAGACUCGCAGCUCCGUGAGGGCAGGGGACGUCUUUCUCCCAGGGCCAGUGCAGGAGGGGACAGAGUCGUCAUUCAGUGAAUAUUUGUUAAAUGAAUCAAAUGAACAUCACCAUGUGGCUUCACGUUCCCAGGAAGCUAGAAUGUGCUGUGCAAAUUAUUCAGUACUAGCGGAAUCCAUCAUUUAUUAUUACAAUGAACAGACUGUAUUCAUCAGAGUAAGAUUUUUUCCUGACCAUAAUGUCAGAAAAACUAAGCAUUUCUCAUUGAUUUGGAAAACUGCAAGACUCAGGUUUUCCUUCAGCAGACACCUGACUCCCUGCCGUCUGCCUGGUUCAGUGCUAGGGGCUCCAGGGACAAAGACAACUGCGGUGUUGGUCUUCCCGAGCUGCGGCUGAAAUAGCCUCAGGCAGGGCUGGCUCCAUGGGGUGUGACCUGUGCAGUGAGAGCGGCCUGCACCGAGAAGGGCCGCAGGCUGGGUUUAAUGCUCUGCUGGAGCAGUCUUGAAAGUGUUCAUUUUUGGAACAAGAGGCUCACAAUUUUAUUUUGCACUUGGCUCACAAAUUAUGUAACUGGUCCUGCUUGAAUAGCACUCUUUGACAUGGCGGAAAUCAGCACUAUAAUAUCUUCUAUCUACCUUGUAGUAAAGAUGUUCACAUUCACUGAAAACUAGCUAUAAAGGGAAAGAUUUAGCAAAAGAACUUCUAAAAUCUGAAACUAAAACUACCUCCCUCCCACAACUUUUUAACAAAUAGAUGUUCUUCAUUUCAGAAUUAGAAAAGCUUUCUAAAAAUGAAAUGGGCUUUUACCUUUUCAGCUGAAUUGUUUUGAGUUUUUCAAAUGGGUGAAUGUAGAGCUGUAGGUGAAUUUAUUUUAUCUACGUACAUACCUACAUACAAUUUUAAGGUUUUAAUACACAUUUUAUUAACACAUGCACUAUUUUGGUAUAAGUCUACCUCAUAAUGUGCUUUUAGAAAAAUAACUGCUACUUUGAAACAUGUGACACACUUUUUGUGUGUGGUUAACCUGUUUAAAAGGUUGAUGGCAAACUUGCAUUUAGGAGUAGUUCGAAAAUUUGUGUUCAAAUUGCUUCGGUGUUCAUUUCUAGACCAGAAUCCAGCCUAAGGCUGGGGCAGAGGCAGGGGCUCAGUGGUUCGUGUCAGUGAUAGUCUAAACUUUUCUGAUCAUGUAACCCCUAUCAGAAAAAGUUAGAGAAUACACCCCAAGUUUUGAUUAUUUUAAAUUAUAUAUAUAUACUAUACUAAUUUAUUAUGUACAUUAUAAAACAGGUACAGAGAAAAGGAAAUUUUAAAAGGAUAAGAUUUGAAAACAAUCACAGUCCUACAUGACCUCCGGCACUCCCAGGGGUCCCCUCGUGCUCCCACCGGGAUGUGCACGCUUCAUUGUGUCAAGGCCACUAUUCUAAAGCACAGAAUUGGCAUUUUACACUGAAAACACAUUUACUAAGAUCCAGUCCACAUCCAUCCACUAACGUUCUGGCCAUUUACAAGUUUGUUGGAUAUGAAUCAUGUUUUGUAGAGUUGUAUAAAUUAGUUCUUUAUUCAGUGAAAAUUGCACUCAUAUCAAUAGGAAGCAUAGUUGAUAAAUUUUUACUUUUGUUGUUGAGCUGUACACAGUGAUUGGUUCUUGAAUAGAUAAACUCGGGACACGCCGUUUUUCAGGGUUCCUUAGAAUGACAUUUUCCUGUUGUAUUAUUUAACAGUGUGAUUGGUCAUUCAUUUUACUGCACUAUGUUAAUUCACCAGGAAAAUAACAGUCAUAUUUGGGACACUCUUUUUUUGGGGUAAGUCACUGAAGAGAAAAAUAGAGGGAAUCCCUUUCAAUUCUGAUUAUUUUGUGAAAUUAAUCAUUUAGUUAAACAUAACACUAAUUAUCACCAUUUCAGUUACUUCUAUGACCGAUAUAUUUUGGGCUAUUUAAAAAGUUUUUUAUUUUAAAGGAAACAAUUAUUUGGCAUGCAAUACUACUAAUGAAUUAACGAUUUAUAUUAGUUUCCUAUUAGUGAUGUAACAAAUUACCACAAACUUAGUGGCUAAAACAACACAAAUUUCCGUCCACUGUUUUCCUCUAGGCCCUUCCCUUCCGGCAAGGGACGUGAAAAGUGCUGCUCAAAUUCUGCCAUUAGAAUCACCUGGAGGGGUUGUGAACAGAUUGCUGGGUCCACCUCCAGAGUUUCUGAUUUCUAGGUCUGGGGUGGGAGACCCCAUUUUGCAUUUCUAACGUUUCCAGCUGAUGCUGUAGGUCUGGGGACCACAGUUUGAGAACAAGAGAUGCAGAAAAUGCAGUUAGGGUUUAGAUUUUUUGGAUGACAGAUCCCAUGAAUCUCUCCGUAGAUAAAGGAAGCCAGUUCAGAGAACAUCUUCACUUCGGAGACUGGUCUAGAUGGACGACAGUGCGUCCUCAGCUCUGCCAUUCUCAGUACCUUGUCCAGUUGGCACUCCUCCAGCAAGAGCUGACUUCCCUAAUUUAACAGGACAUUUAAGUUACUGAGCAGUUAAUGAAGUCAGGUCAUCUUACCUUCUCAGGAGCAGACCUGGUGCCGUGUGGCUUCCAACUCAAGAAGAGGCGGCUGCUCCAGCAGUGCACACUCUGGGGAGUGAGCGUCAACACUGCACCUGUCGCUCACAAUCAAUCCAGAAAGGGAGCAACUGAAACUUUAACCAGGGCAGACACAACUCAGAACAUCUUUUUAACCUUUUUCUGGGAAAUAGCUGUUUCCAUCGAGAGCCAUUUAAAUUAUGGGUACAUUCGACUUCUGCGUGGAUGUUAACUUGCAAAAGCCCUUCACUAUAAAAGAUGAGUUUUUGUCUGGGUGAAAUGAAGGAUCCAAAUUUCAAUGUGAAAGGAUUACUUUUUAAAAGUUAAAUACAAAGUAUCAGAUCUGUUCUGAAUACAUUCUAUUUAUUCUUAAGCAGUUAUUACCUACAUAGUUUGUGUGUGUGUACUUAAUAAAUGUAUUUAAUUAAAAGAAGGAU